AUGAUUGCGAGGAAAUAUUUGCAAAAAUUGAGUAAGGACUGUAUCAGAUGGGCAUCGACUGUGACGAAACCGCCCUCUACCCUGGCACCUCAGUUUUGCGCUGAAUUCAAUGACUACUUUCCGAAGAUAUUAGACAAAGCGCUAAACGAGAGCAAGUACAUAGAUCAUCCAUUACUAAAGGACAAAAUAAGAAAGAUGAACGAACACUUUAUGCUCUCGAAAUUUCCAAUUCAAGCUGAAUUUUUCUUCUUCUCAUACGAAUUGCUAGAAAAUCCAGAAAACAUAACCAGUGACAAGUUGCGGCAAGCGUAUUUAGUGGCCUGUGCUUCGGAAUUGGUGCAGAUAUAUUUUCUGUUUCACGAUGACCUUUAUGAUAACAGCGAAACACGUGCAGGAAAACCAUGUUGGCAUUUGACUCCCGACGCAAGUCGGUACACAUUAAAUGAUACGGUUAUGCUACGGGGUUUUAUAAAUGAACUGUUGCAUUCGUAUCUUGAACCAUCGUUGUACAGAGAGUUUAUUGAUGUUUUCAACGAGAUGUUUUUAGGUCUCGCAAUGGGACAGUAUCUUGAUUUGUUAGUACCUGCGACGAAAGACUACAACAGCUACACUAUGGAAACGUAUGAGAAGAUCACAUAUUUGAAAGCAUCCGUUUAUUCCAUGAACUCCCCAAUGCUCUUAGCUUUGGUUAUGGCCAAUAAGGGGAGUGAAGAAUCAUUACAACUUGUUAGAAAGAUGUGUAAUAAUCUUGGAGUGUUAUUUCAGAUCCACAACGAUCUCACCGAAUAUAUGGACGUGGAUCAAACAAUGACGCUAAAAUCGAACACCGACAUAAUAAAUGGGAAGUGCGCGUGGACAGCUGUUGCGGCCUUGAAACAUUUCAACGCGGAACAGAGGAAGAUUUUCGAUGAGUGCUACAAAAGCUCUGACCCGGAGAAAAUUAAACGUGUGCUACGGUUGUACGACGAAGUGAACUUGCGAGACCUGUACAGGAAAGAGGAGAAGGCACGCUACGAUGUGUUCUUGGAGAAGGUUAGCAAACUGCCUGCAGACAGUGUACCAUCCCCCGAUUUCUUUAUGGGCAUACUGAGGGCUCCCACAUCGAUAAAAAAGGAUUCCUUACGCCAAACUGUUGCCAAGGACUUCCGCAAUUAUAUGCCGAAAGUCGAG